AUCAAAUAACAGGGAAAUCGCACCGAAAUCGCAGGAAAAUCGAACCGAAAUCGUUAUAAAAAGUGUAUUUCAGCGUGAAAAUGGUAUUCUUCAUAUGCAACCAUUGUGGGGAAUCGCUGAAAAAGCAGGCGGUCGAGAAACACGGUUGGAGGUGCAAACGGGAACUGAACGUGUCCUGUAUGGAUUGCCUGAAAGACUUUCCCGGCAAAGAGUACGAGGCCCACACGAGCUGCAUCAGCGAGGCGGAGAAAUACUCGGGUAAAGAUUACGUACCAAAGGCGAACGCUAACAAGGGCGCCCGGAAGCAGGAAACAUGGAUCUCCACGAUACGCUCGAUCACGGACGCCAAACGCAAUCUACCGAAGGGAAUCAUGUCGGUGUUCGAGGUGAUCCAGCGGAACGAUAACAUCCCGCGCAAGAUGAAAGGAUUCAUGAACUUCUUUCAAAAUUCGGCCAAACACAUUCGCAAACCGGACGUGGAAGCGGCAUGGGCUCUGAUCGAGGAGGAGGUUAAUCGCAACAAACAGCAGCAGCAACAGGUCACCGUGGAACCGGCCAAACCAGUAGAAGAAACGAAACCCGCGACAAACGGUACGGCAGUGAAGAGGAAACAGGAACCGGAGGUAGAUCAGCCAGCGAAGAAAAAACAGAAAAAGAACAAAUCAACCAACGGUCAAGCGAAUGGGCACGAUGAUCAGAGCGCCUUGCUUGGGAACGGUUCAACAAAUGGGCAACACGAAGAUGAACACGAGGAGGAAGAGACAACGAAUGGUAGCGGGAAAUUCCGAUGGAAUGAGGUAAUUCGCGAUGUGCUACUGUCCAAGGACAACCAAAUGAAGCUGUCCAAGCUGAAAAAGAAGGUCCUGAAACGCUAUCAGCAGUUUACCGGGGAUAGCACCGAUGGAAAGUUCGAGAAGAAGUUUGGCAAGAAGAUAUCCAAGGCACAUUUCGUGGUAGAGAACGAUACUGUAAGAUUGAUUGCUUAGUUUAGGGGUUGAUACAAUGAAAUACAAUAAUUUGUUUGUAUAAGUAA